UAUUGUUGUGUUUUAUUAUUCCUUACAAUAUGUACUAAAUUUGGGGCAUCCUAUUUAUACCCAGAAGACCGAUACACAAACACAAAACCGUGACAAACUCACACACCACAACAAUAACUAACAAAUCAAAAUCUUCCAAUUCAUCGAUUCAUUUCUUCUUCAUCAAAUCAAACCUAUUCUUUCUCACCAUGAUGGACACCACCACAAUCAAAUUCGCAGAAGAAUCACUAUUACAACCCACCACCACCAACAACAAAAACAAAGGCAAAUUUAACCGUAGCGUUUCGCACGUAAACGACGAGCUUCACAGUUUCCGAUCUUACCUCCGAUGGAUGUGCGUUGACCAAUCAAACGCCUUCACCGCCACCCUCUCAUGGUUCGUUUUCCUCCUUUUCGCGGUGGUGGUUCCUGCUUUGUCGCACUUUUUUCUGGCGUGUUCUGAUUGUGAUGCUCGUCACUCUCGCCCGUACGACGCUGUCGUUCAGCUUUCUCUGAGUUCCAUUGCUGCGUUGUCGUUUUUGUGUUUAUCGUCGUUUGUUAGGAAGUAUGGUUUGAAGAGGUUCUUGUUCUUUGAUAAGCUUUGUGAUGAGAGCGAGACCGUUAGAAGAAACUAUAUGGCGCAGCUCAAUAGAUCUCUAAAGCUCCUCUCGGUAUUUGCGGGUCCAUGCUUCGUUGCAAUGGUCGCAUACAAGAUCUGGUGGUACGCAUCAGGAGGAUCACAAAUCCCAUUCUUAGGCAACGUCUACGUUAGUGAUGCGGUAGCGUGCAUAUUAGAACUGUGCUCGUGGCUGUACCGUACCACUGUGAUAUUCCUAGUGUGCGUUCUCUUCCGUUUGAUCUGUCACCUUCAGAUCCUACGGCUAAAAGACUUUGCCACGUAUUUUCAUGUGGACUCAGAUGUGCAAUCCGUAUUGUCGGAACACCUAAGGAUUAGGAGGCAUCUACGAAUCAUAAGCCAUAGAUUUCGCGCGUUUAUUCUACUUGCGCUUGUAUUGGUCACGGGAAGCUUGUUUGUUUGUCUCCUCGUUACGACUAAGGCUAGACAUGAUCUCAACAUCUACAAAACCGGUGAACUUGCGCUGUGUUCUGUUACACUCCUUUCUGCACUGUCCAUCAUGUUCCGAAGUGCCACAAAGAUAACACACAAAGCACAAGCGAUCACAGGGCUAGCUGCCAAGUGGCAUGUCUGUGCAACGUUGGAUUCUUUUGAUGGAGUAGCCCAAGGUGACACACUAACGGCUCAGAUUUCGCAUGAUAGAAUCUAUCCUACGGUGGGAACAGAUGGAGAAUCAGAGACUGAUGAUGCUGGUGAUGAAGAAGAUGAUAUUAAUAACACUAAGUUAAUUCCAUCCUAUGCUUAUAGCACCAUCUCAUAUCAGAAAAGACAAGCUCUUGUAAAUUACUUUGAGAACAAUAAGGCAGGAAUUACCGUAUAUGGAUUCAUGUUGGAUAGGAGUACGCUUCACACCAUAUUUGGUAUUGAGCUAUCUCUAGUUCUUUGGCUGCUUGGAAAAACUAUAGGCAUUUCUUGAAGAGUCUUUAUUUGCUUUCAUUAUAGUUUAUGAAUCAUUAAUGUAAAACAGGAAGAAAAAAAAAAGUAGUUUGUUAGUCCCUUUAUUUAUUUUUAUUUAUUGCUUUCAUUUCCCGGCUGCUUUACUGUUCAAAAUUGAUGAGAAGAUAGAAACAUGGUUCACUAUUUUUAAUUUUCAUGUAGUAAAUUUUUCGAA